ACCAAAAAAUACAAAAUGGAUUAUCAGAGGCAUUUAAAAUUUGAUAGUCCGAAAUAUGAAUAUAUGCGUGCAUCAAAUGGCAAUCUAUCAGUUGUUGAUAUUGUAAUGCCUGAUGUUUUACAUUUAAUUGCGGAUCAUUGGUAUCAAUUUCCGCCAAUGAAUCCAUUAUGGCAUGGUAUAUUAAUGUUUGUAAUGUGUAUAUUAGCAACAGUGUCAAUAACAGGAAAUUUCAUUGUUAUAUAUAUAUUUACAUCAACGAAAGCAUUAAGAACACCAUCAAAUUUAUUUGUUAUUAAUUUAGCUAUAUCAGAUUUUUGUAUGAUGUUUACAAUGGCACCACCAUUAUUAGUUAAUUGUUAUAAUGAAACAUGGGUAUUUGGGCCAUUUAUGUGUCAAAUAUAUGGUAUGUGUGGUUCAUUAUUUGGUUGUACAUCAAUAUGGUCAAUGGUAUUAGUAGCCAAUGAUAGAUAUAAUGUUAUUGCAAAAGGAAUGGCAGCAAAACCAUUAACAAUAACAUUGGCUAUAAUUAAAAUUUUAGCAAUAUGGUUAUUUAAUUUGGCAUGGACAAUUGCACCAUUAUUUGGUUGGAAUCGUUAUGUACCAGAGGGUAAUAUGUCAGCAUGUGGUACAGAUUAUUUUACAAAAGAUUGGACUAGCCGUUCUUAUAUUCUUGCUUAUUCAGUGUUUGUCUAUUUCUUACCACUACUAUCAAUUAUCUAUUCAUAUUACUUUAUUAUUAAGGCAGUAGCAGAACAUGAAAAAAAUAUGAGAGAACAAGCCAAAAAAAUGAAUGUCGCUUCUUUGAGAUCUGGUGGUGGUGAUGGUGAUGGUAAAAAUAUGUCAGCUGAAUAUAAAUUAGCGAAAGUAGCACUUAUAACAAUAUCAUUAUGGUUUAUGGCGUGGACACCAUAUUUAAUUACUAAUUGGAUGGGAAUUUUUGAAGUUGGAACUUUAACCCCAUUAAAUACAAUUUGGGCUUCAAUAUUUGCUAAAGCAAGUUCAAUCUAUAAUCCAAUUGUAUAUGCAAUCAGCCAUCCUAAAUUCCAAUUGGCAUUAAAAGAAAAAAUGCCAUGCUUAUCAUGUGGAGGUGAAGAAGAGAAAAAAUCAGCAUCAAAUGAUAAUCAAUCAGCGGUAACAGCUGAUGAAACAGUUCCUCCCCGUUUUGCGAUGGAAUCUAUGUUAGGGCCCCAGUUUGCCGCACAAGUUGCCAACGGUACUGUUGUCGAUAAAGUAACCCCUGAUAUGAAACAUUUAGUACAUCCUUAUUGGAAUCAAUAUCCACCAAUGGAUCCAAUUUGGGCGAAACUUUUAGGUGCCUUUAUAGCUUUUCUAUGCAUUUUAUCAUUUUGCGGUAAUGGUGUCGUAGUUUAUGUAUUCUCCACAACCAAAUCACUUAGGACCCCAGCAAAUUUACUAAUUUUGAAUUUAGCAUUUUCUGAUUUCUGCAUGAUGCUUACGAAUGGACCAAUGAUGGCUAUAAAUCUCUUUUUUGAGACUUGGGUACUUGGUCCACUAAUGUGCGAUAUAUAUUCAGCUUGUGGUAGUUUAUUUGGUUGUGGUUCUAUUUGGUCAAUGACAAUGGUUGCAUUUGAUCGAUAUAAUGUAAUUGUGAAAGGUAUUAAUGGUACACCAAUGACUAUUAAAAUGGCCGUAAUUAAAAUUCUUGGUAUCUGGACAAUUGGGGUAUUUUGGACACUUGGACCGCUUCUUGGAUGGAGCAGAAAUGUACCAGAAGGCAACAUGACUUCAUGCGGAAUUGAUUAUUUAUCAAGAGAUUGGAAUCCAAGAUCAUAUUUGAUUUUCUAUGGCCUCUUCGCAUACUAUUUACCAUUGUUCCUUAUUUGCUACUCUUAUUGGUUCAUCAUUGCGGCUGUAGCAGCUCACGAAAAAGCAAUGCGGGAACAAGCCAAGAAAAUGAAUGUAAAAUCUCUCCGAUCAUCAGAUGAUGCUGACAAAUCUGCUGAGGGAAAAUUAGCUAAAGUAGCAUUAGUUACAAUCAGCUUGUGGUUCAUGGCGUGGACACCAUACACAAUCAUCAAUUAUAUGGGACUUUUCAAAUACGAAGGUCUUACACCUCUUAUUACAAUUUGGGGAGCUGUUUUUGCUAAAUCAAGCGCUAUUUAUAAUCCCAUUGUAUACGGUAUCAGUCAUCCUAAAUAUCGAAUUGCUCUUAAAGAGAAAUGUCCAUGUUGUGUAUUCGGAAAAGUUGAAGAUGAAAAGACAUCAUCAGGCUCUGACGCUCAAUCACAAGCGACAACAGAAGGAGGAGAAAGUAAGGCAUAAGCUUAAAAAUAAGACGAAUUGGCUAGUUUUUCUAUCUGGAUCAUGAUGUUGGUUUGAAAAUUGUUUUGGCCUAAACGUGGCUAUGAUCUUUACAUUUUUUUAUUUAAAAAUUGAAAAUAAGUGGAAAAUACCUAAAGGAUUAGCAAAAAAAAAAAAAACAAAAAAAAAAUAAGACUAUGCUUUCUCUUACCUUGAAUGCAAUAAAGGAAAUUUAAAGAUUUCAUAAAAAAGCAAGAAAAAUUUAUUUUUACUUGUGAUA